AUGGGGUUAAUUGCAAAUGCAAAGAAACUAGGUGGGAAUUCGAAGAAAUGUCUAUGCAUUGCUUAUGAGAAUCUGAGAGCAUCUCAAGAAGAAAGAGAUAAGUUGAUGGAAGAAGCAAGGAAUAGUGCGCCUGAUUUUGGGAAAGUUAUGCAUCUGGUUAAGGCCAUUGAGAGGCUUCUUUCUAUACCGGGUUCGAAGGGGACAGAAGGAAGGAGAAGACGAAAAGGAACCAAAUUUGUUUUGAAUGCUAAUUGUUUGGAUCCGCUUUCUCAGUUUUCUUCUUCUUCGUGGGAUAGUAGCCAAGGAAGUAUUUCAAGUAGGAAUUCUAAUGGAGGUCGAAGAAGCCGAAGAAACAGCUCUGAUUCUGUUGGGAGAAUUGGUGGGAGGAGAUGGAAAAAGCAGCUCAAACCGACUUGCAUGCGUCUUCCUCAUCAAUUCAGUGUGUAUGCAGGUUUUGGUCAAACCUCCGUUAAAGAGAGCACCAGACCAGUGGACCUAAGACUCCAUAGUGAUGUACGAGCGGUGGAGCGUGCAGAGUUUGAUCACCAGGUUGCUGAGAAGAUGAGUCUUAUAGAGCAGUAUAAAAUGGAAAGGGAAAGACAACAAAAGAUGGCAGAAGAAGAAGAGAUAAAGAGGCUGAGGAAGGAUCUCGUUCCAAAAGCACAGCCUAUGCCUUACUUUGACAGGCCUAUUAUACCUAGGAGGUCAUCAAAGAAUCCAACUAUUCCAAGGGAGCCAAAGUUCCAAAUUCCACAGCAUAAGAAGAUAAAAUGCAUGUCAUGAAUGACAUGAGUC